UAAAGCCAGCAGCUGAACAUUGUGUCAAAACACAGAGAAAUCAGCAGCGGUCAGUGAAACGUCUCACAUCGGUUUCCGAUUUAGCUACUUUUUCGGAAGAAUUUGCUGGCGCCAAGUGAUUAUUCUUUUACGCCCACAUACCAUGACCGAACAAUCAGCAUUGCUUCUUCGAAAACAACUGGCAGAGCUCAACAAGAACCCUGUGGAGGGCUUUUCCGCUGGCCUGAUCGAUGAUGAUGACAUAUAUAAAUGGGAGGUUGUGAUUAUUGGUCCACAGGACACCCUUUUCGAAGGAGGAUUUUUCAAAGCAUACCUUACAUUUCCCUAUGAUUAUCCACUACGGCCUCCAAAGAUGAAGUUUAUCACUGAAAUCUGGCACCCAAAUGUCGCUAAGAAUGGAGAUGUUUGCAUCUCAAUUUUGCACGAGCCAGGAGAAGAUAAGUUUGGUUAUGAAAAGCCUGAAGAGCGCUGGCUUCCAAUUCACACUGUAGAGACAAUCAUGAUUAGUGUUAUCUCCAUGCUGGCAGAUCCCAACAGUGAUUCACCAGCUAAUGUGGAUGCUGCAAAAGAGUGGAGGGAGGAUCCCAACGGUGAAUUCAAGAGGAAGGUGGCUCGUUGUGUAAGAAAAAGUCAAGAGAUGGCAUUUGAUUAGGAGCCACUUGUAAAUAUCAGGUUUAAGGAAAUGCCUUCAGGAAGGAAAGUUUCAGCAAAAGGCUUUUGCACCCCUUGUUUUGCCAUUCAGAGGAAUUGGUUGGCUUCAACCACAUUUCUCUGAACGGUUAUUUUCCGCAAGAUGAGCCAAUUUGAAAACCCUACCAGCGAAAUUAAUUUGUUUCCUACCUGGAUUUGUAUAUUUAAGUUAUUUAUUUUGAAAAUGUAAUGAUGUAAGAUAUGUCACUACUGUAAAUGAACUUGCUUUUUUAUCUGCUGCUGAACAGUUUCUACUUUAUAACAGGUUUCUUAUGCAAUUUAGUGGUCAAGAUUGUGUAAUACAAACGAAAGCCCAUUGUCAUUAGGUCAUCACUCGUCCUCCCUGCCGUGUACCUGUUGUCAAAUCAUUGUUGGCCCAUGGCACAUCUGUUGGUAGAUAAAAUUAUUUUCAACACUGUCAUUGAAUUAUUGUUGCCUUUUGUUAGGCUUCCCAAGGUGAGAACCUUCAGAGGGACUUUUGAUGCAGUCUGCACAGAGACUUAUUUGCAUUUUCUCCCUAUGCUGGUGUAUGUCUGAGAGAUUUACAAGAACUCUCAAUGCUGCACAACUGCCCCUUCAUUAGGUUUUACCACCAGCCAUGAAUGUUAUUUUUAAAGGCUUACUUGUUGAUUUGAGAGUUACUCUUUUCAAACGUAAGACUCGUAGAAGCCUUUCUCCUGUUAACAGGAAGUUAGUGCCAACUUCUCAGGAUCUAAUCGCAUUAGGCUCUCGUUAAACAAUUGAAAAGAUAAACUUCUAAUAUUCCCAACCUUUUUCCUUAAAGCAUGGCCAUCAUGGCCAACAAAGAUGUCUAUUAAUAAUCAUUCCUCUUAUGUCUUUUCACAUCAUUAUAAAUGACAGUCAACCAAAACAGCCUGGGGGUGGAGGGGGUGGCAAAGCUGUGACUAUUCCACAUGUGAACUGGUUAACUGGCAUAUGAGCUUACCUCAAUUUUUAUGGAUGAUAAAUUCCAUCAUCUGCGUUCUUAAUCCAUCAACGUGGGAAAUCUUAGGGGCUCUGUAGAAGAAUUUAGGCUAGUUGUAAUUGCUUUAUUGUGGCACAUUUGGCUUUUUAAACACACGGUGUGUGAAUUCCAUUUACUUGUGGCUUUAGACCUGGGGGGCUUUGGAUAGAUGGUUGAGUUAGGCUUUUAAAUUUCACCAAUAUCUCGAGUUCUGAUUGGUGCAUAUUUAAGCAACAUCAUAUCAAUAACUAUUAUUCAAUCUUUAAAUCUGGCUUAUAGUUCUCAAUAGACUUGGAAAAUAUCUUAUUAUUUGGAUAAGAUGAAAUGUUCUACUGGGGAAAAGAACACUAUCCUGCAUGUGGGUUUUAUUUUAAAGGGUGGAGUCUGGAAACCUCUGACUUGAGUUCACUUUCAUUGAUGAUGCUGCUGACUUUUGAGCCAUCAUUGACAUCUAUUUUGAAUUAUGUUAUACAUGAUUGAUCUGUGACUGACAUUGAAUAAUUAGCUCACCAUCUUUUGGCACAUGCAAUCAGGUUUGAAGGAGCUGGGUAUUUUUUAAAUAGGAUACCAUUGUUAGUACAUUCUGUAGACUUGACGUUCACAUAACUGCUGUCGACAUUACCUUUUUAAGUCAGAAUUUUCUAACCUACCAUGACCUCCUCUGACCGGUGUUCACUGUAUUUGCACAGAUUUGGUGCGUUUGAAAUGUCAUUAAGCAAUAUGCUCUGAAAACGGUAUGUCCAGGUAAUCCACCCUAACGCCAUAGUUUCUUUUUUUUUCCUUUUGGUGUCAAUACAAUGUAUAUUGAACAUGAUGCUCAAUAAAGUGUGUAAACAGA